ACCAAAACAAUAUCAAUAUCUUCGCUCAAUCUUCUAUCUUCCAAAAGAAAAUGCCAGUUGUCAAACUUUCUUAAGUGUAGUUGAUAACGGUGAUAACGUAAAGUAUACUUAUGUUGGUAUUUAAUUUUUCAAAGCGGUCCCUUUGGUUAAAGUUUCCUUAUUGGCCUUUAUAUCAAAGUGAUAUAGGAGCAUCUAGAGUUCAGAAUCAUCGUGGCCGCUGGGUUUCCGUUCACAGCAUGGCUAACUCGGGAAGUAAAUCACCUAUACUGGAACAAGCUCGCAACAUCGUCCCUCCUCUGGAUACUAAUCGUCACAAGGGUCAAGCCGGGCGCAUCGGAGUAGUGGGCGGAUCGCUAGAGUACACCGGAGCACCAUAUUUUGCAGCUAUCAGUGCGUUAAAGGUGGGUGCCGACCUAGUGCACGUAUUUUGUCCGAAAGCUGCUGCUGAAGUCAUAAAAUCCUACAGUCCCGAGUUGAUUGUACAUCCGUUGCUGGAUUCAAACGAUGCUAUAAUUCAAAUUGAGCCGUGGCUUGAGCGGCUGCACGUUUUAGUAAUAGGACCAGGUUUGGGUCGAGAUAGAUUCGUACUGCACACGGCAACCGAGUUGAUAAAAAUCUGCCGACAACUGCAGAAGCCGCUUAUCGUCGACGCGGAUGGACUGCAUCUGAUAACGCAAGACAUCAGUCUCGUGAAAGACUACAACGGUGUCAUUCUUACGCCGAAUGCAAUCGAAUUUUCUCGUUUGUUCGGGAAUGAUCGGGACCGAAUCUUGAUUGAGAUCAAGGAAAAGGUUGGUCGGGGAUUGACGGUGCUGGAAAAAGGCCUAAACGAUCGGAUCUACGAUACGUUAGCGAUGGAGAAGUUUGAGUGCCCUCAGGGUGGAUCGGGUCGUCGAUGUGGUGGCCAGGGAGAUUUGUUGGCUGGUGCGUUAGCUACUUUCUACUACUGGGCGCUGGAAUCACGACAAGAAAUGAACCCGAAUCCAGCGGUAAUUGCUUGUUUCGCCGCUAGCUUUCUAACCAAAAAUUGCAAUAGUUAUGCAUUUGAAACCAAAGGUCGCAGCAUGACUUGCGGUGAUAUGAUCGAACAGAUUCACCAGGUGUUCGAGAAGUUUUUCGAACGCAAAAAAGUAACUCACAAACUGUUAUGAGCUUUCUUACUAGGUUUUUUAUCGAUAGAAUUAUCUGUGGUCUAGUGUGUUUCGCCUUAAAAAUGUCUUCGAGCUGAAAUGAUCAUUGUUAAGGAAAUACUUCGUGGUAUGAACUGGUUCGUAGUUCUUAAACUUAAGAGAUGGUUACGAGAAACUAUAGUGUGUAAGGUAUACAGAACAAGGAAUUUUUUGCUAUCUAGUUUUCGAUUAUGAAUCAAAUUGUUUCUGGUCUAACAAUAAAAACACAUUAUUCUAAUUAAA